CGGCAAAAAUCUCAUUUCCGCAUAUCCCAUUUUUCCUCAAGCUCGUAUAACUACUCAUGGCGGCGCCGGCGCCCACUUCCUUCUCUAUAUCCGCCUCCUCCUCCGCCACCGUCUCUAAAACCCUAAAGCCGUCUACUGCAGCCGUCCCACACAGCCUAGGAUCAAUUUUUUCCUCCAACCCUUCCUUAAGAUCGCUUCGAGCUCAUGCUCUUCCUGCCAUUCGCUCCACCUCCGCCUCUGCACUCGCAGCUCGCAUGGUCUCCGCUCCACCCUCCAUCAAGUCGCCGACUUCCCUCGAUUUCGAGACCUCCGUAUUUAAGAAGGAGAAAGUCUCCCUCGCUGGCCACGAUGAGUACAUUGUGAGAGGAGGAAGGGAUUUGUUCAAUUUGUUGCCGGAUGCAUUCAAGGGAAUCAAGCAGAUUGGAGUUAUUGGCUGGGGUUCACAGGGACCUGCUCAAGCUCAAAAUUUGAGGGAUUCUCUUGCUGAAGCAAAAUCUGACAUUGUAGUCAAGAUUGGUUUAAGGAAGGGUUCUCGCUCCUUUGAUGAGGCCCGGGCUGCUGGGUUUACUGAAGAGAAUGGAACCUUAGGGGACAUAUGGGAGACCGUCUCUGGCAGUGAUCUAGUGCUUCUCUUAAUUUCAGAUUCAGCUCAGGCUGAUAACUAUGAAAAGGUAUUUUCCCACAUGAAGCCAAAUAGUAUUCUUGGGCUGUCACAUGGAUUCCUUCUUGGCCAUUUGCAGUCAAUGGGUCUGGACUUCCCUAAGAACAUUAGUGUUAUUGCUGUAUGUCCGAAAGGAAUGGGCCCUUCAGUGAGGAGGUUGUAUGUGCAAGGAAAAGAAAUCAAUGGUGCUGGAAUUAAUUCAAGUUUUGCAGUCCACCAGGAUAUUGAUGGCAGGGCCACUGAUGUUGCCCUUGGGUGGUCAGUUGCCCUUGGCUCCCCAUUUACUUUUGCUACUACUCUAGAGCAGGAGUACAAGAGUGAUAUAUUUGGGGAACGAGGGAUUUUACUUGGUGCCGUUCACGGCAUAGUCGAGUCUCUGUUUAGAAGGUACACUGAACAUGGAAUGGAUGAGGAGCUUGCCUAUAAGAAUACUGUGGAGUGCAUUACCGGAAUCAUUUCAAGGACCAUAUCAACACAGGGCAUGUUGGCUGUGUACAACUCAUUGAGUGAAGAGGGAAAGAGGGAAUUUGAGACUGCAUAUAGUGCUUCAUAUUACCCUUGCAUGGAUAUCUUGUAUGAGUGCUACGAAGAUGUAGCCACAGGCAGUGAAAUUCGGAGCGUUGUCCUGGCAGGGCGUCGCUUCUAUGAAAAGGAGGGUCUACCAGCUUUCCCAAUGGGCAAAAUUGACCAGACACGAAUGUGGAAAGUUGGGCAGCGUGUGCGAGCAGUCCGCCCAGCUGGUGAUCUUGGUCCUCUAUAUCCCUUCACCGCAGGUGUAUAUGUAGCAUUGAUGAUGGCUCAGAUUGAGAUUCUAAGGAAGAAAGGGCACUCAUACUCUGAGAUCAUAAACGAAAGUGUGAUCGAGUCAGUUGAUUCCCUCAACCCCUUCAUGCAUGCUCGCGGAGUUUCAUUCAUGGUUGACAAUUGCUCAACAACGGCACGUCUUGGAUCAAGGAAGUGGGCGCCUCGAUUCGAUUAUAUUCUCACCCAGCAGGCGCUCGUGGCCGUGGACAACUCUGCUCCCAUCAACCGAGACCUCAUCAGCAACUUCCUCUCAGACCCUGUGCACGGAGCCAUCGAAGUUUGUGCCCAGUUGAGACCCACCGUCGACAUAUCUGUUCCUGCAGAUGCAGAUUUCGUCCGUCCUGAACUGCGCCAGUCUAGCAACUAAGAGUUGUUGAAGUCUACCACGACACCACCCGCUAAACGGCCAUGGAUUAGUGUUUCUUCUUUUCGUUUUUCUUUUGGGUGGGAUGUUGUAAGAGUCUGAAACUAUAGGUGCAGUACUAUAUCCAAAUAUCUGUAGAACUGUUCUUUAUGCUGUGGCUUAAGCCAACUGAAUUUUAUCUUAGUAUUGCAUUUUGGGUUUGUAUGAAAAAAAAAAAAGUUUUCCUAGUA